AACACUGAUAGCGUACGUAUCUCUGCCGGGGGAAUCCCCGUAUGUCACAUACGGGGAUUCCCGGCAGAGACUCACAUGUAGAACUAGAGGCUACACGAACCGAGCCGAAUAAACCUGUACGUCAAGGGACUAUCGUUGUUUGUUUAUGUGAUUGAUUGCGUGUGCGAGUAAUUAUAAUAAUUAUUAGCGAAACUAUUGACUUAAACUACACCGUAUUGGAAAUAAACGCCUUACGAAAUAAUAGGUUGUAAAAGAUCAACGAUGAGCGCACCGAGAAAAAAGCUUUCUGGGGCUGAAAAUAGAAAAAGAGCUAAAGAGAAAUUUGAAGACGUAAAUAAAUCUGCUUCUAAGAUGAGAAAAUGGCUUUACGAAGCGGCUCCAUCGUCAAGUUCCACUGAUACUUCGGAUACGGUUUCAGGUAUUUCCAAUAACUCUUGUAAUUUGGACACUCAAGUUGAUUCGACAAAUCAGUUGAAGCUUCAAGGUUCAGAUGAUGGCAAACAGUAUCAUUCGUCUGUGUUAUCUCAGCAGGGAGAUAACGUUCAACUAGCAUCUAGUGACUUAUUGCAGUUGAGCAGCAAAGACGAAAUCAUAGAUUUAAUGGAUCCAGGUACAUGGCCGAGCCAAGAGAAAAUUACAGAUCAACAAAGGUCAUUUUUGAGUAAACAAGCUGUAUUACUAAAUAAUGAACAUCCAAAUAACAUAGACUUUAGGUCCACUGAACGCAACGGUAGGCAUUUGACACAUAACAUGUGGUUCGGAACAAUGGCAAAUAAGGAAAUUAUUAAAAGAUCCUGGCUUGUUUACUCGAAAACAAAAAAUGCACUUUACUGCACUGUCUGCAAGUUAUUUGCCAGCACUUCUACAUCAGCGUUGUGUACAGAGGGUCUCAUUAAUUGGAAAAAGACUUUAGAAAGAUUAACUGAGCAUGAAGUAUCACAAACGCAUAAAGAAUGUUUUAUUAAGUGGAAAACCCGCCUGCAGCAAAUGAAAUUGUGCCAGGGCAUUGAUCGCGAUAUAGAGCAAUUAAUUCACUCUGAGAAAAAAAAAUGGAGACAUAUUCUACAUGUAGUAAUGGACGCUGUCAUGUAUCUUGCCACAAACUGUCUUUCUUUUAGAGGUACUAAAGAAACACUGAGUGAUCUCACUGAAAAUUUUCCUCAACCUAGUCAAGGAAAUUUUCUUAAUUUGGUAUGUCUACUUGCUAAAUACGAUCCUACUCUCAAGUAUCAGUUAGAUCACGUCAAAAAAGGACAGGUAUCCUAUUUGUCGAAAACAAUUCAAAACGAAAUAAUCGAUAUGAUGGCAAAAAAAGUUCGAAAUACCAUUAUCAAUGAGAUCAAGGAGGCCAACUACUUUACCAUCAUGUUUGACUGCACUCCAGAUAUAUCUCAUUCAGAACAAAUGAGCCAGAUUAUUCGGUAUAUAAAAAUAACAGAAACUGGAUGCACUAUUAAGGAAAGCUUUAUUGAUUUUAUUGAAGUAGAUGGAAAAACUGGAGAAUAUAUCACACAGCAAAUUCUAGAAAAACUAGAAGAUGAUGGUUUGGAUAUUCAAAAAUGCCGCGGACAAUCUUACGACAACGGAUCUAAUAUGGCUGGCGUAUACAAAGGCGUCCAAUCCAGAGUUAUGCAAAUGAACGAGCUGGCAAUGUUUGUACCUUGUCUAGCACACUCUUUAAAUCUUGUGGGCGUGCAUUCAGCGUCAUCAUGUCCAGAAGCAGUUAACCUAUUUGGGCUUAUACAAAAACUUUAUUGUUUCUUUGUUGGAUCCACCACGCGAUGGAAAAUAAUGCAAAAGUGUACUAAAACAAACUUAAAAGGAAGUAGUCAAACCAGAUGGUCAGCUAAACACCAAGCUGUUACUGCUCUAUUAAAUAAUUUACCGGAAGUUGUCAAAGCUCUAGAAGAAAUUGAAGAAUCCUCUUCAGCCGCAGAAUCGAAGUAUGAAGCUAGUCAUUUACUACAUGCGAUGAUGGAUUUCGAAUUUAUCCUCAACUUAUCAAUUUGGAAUAAUAUUCUUCGAGAGAUUAAUAGAGUGAACGUUGAAAUACAAAAAGAGGAUAUUAUCUUGCCGCGUUCUGUGAUGAUAAUGCAAGGUCUUGUUAAGAUCAUACAGGGAAUGAGAGAAAAACCAAUAGAACAUUGGAUCAAAGAAGCUGCAACUAUAUCAGAAAAAUUGAAAAUAGAGCCAGUCCUUCAAAAUAAACGAAUUUCCAAAAAGAAAAGGCAACACGACGAAUUCUGCGAAGAUGAAUCAAGAACUCUAGACCCAAAUGGGCUAUUUUCCAAAGAUAUAAAAGUAGUAUUUGACAGAAUUUUAACAGAAAUAGAAACAAGGGUAGAGAGCGCAAAGAGUCUACAUGAAAAUUUCGCCUUCCUCAGUGGUCACGCGUUUUUAAAUAUGUCGACUGAUGAUCUGCAGAAAAAUGGAGCCGAUCUAGCACGAAAAUAUUCAAAAGACUUGAAUGCAGUUGAUUUUUGCCAGGAACUUUCUGUAUUCAAAGACCUAGUAACAGAAAUUAAUGAAAAAUCAAGUGCAUUCGACCUGUUACAACAUCUGUGUAAGAAUGACUUGCAAGAAGCGUUUCCUAAUGUUAGUAUAGCUUUAAGGAUAUACUGCACAUUACCGACGACAUCUGCAAGCUGUGAGCGAAGUUUCAGCAAACUGAAAAUAAUUAAAACCUAUCUGCGUUCAACAAUGAGCCAAGAACGUUUAUCUAGCCUCGCGAUUCUAGCCAUUGAAAAUAAAACUGCCUUUGAAACGGACUUUGAUGAGCUAAUAGAUUCUUUCGCGGAAAAGAAAGCACGCCGUGUGAAGCUGUAGAGGUAGUAAGAUAAGAGAGAAAAAAAAACGAUGAGAAAAAUUAAAACAAAGUCUUGAUUAUCAGUUGCCUUGUUAUAUGAUUGCUAUAUUUAAUUUGAUGUCACACCUAAGAAAAAGUUAUUAGUAAUAGAUAAUAAAGAGUACAAAUUUAUUAAAGAGUAUUCUUUCGAUCACCA